GUGUGGCUCCAGUAGCUUGCCGAAGUCUCAUCUCUGCGCACCGGCCGGUGUCUCGCUGGUCCGGAGCCCCCGCCCGCCAGGUCCCUGACCCCGCGCCCCCUGUGUUCGGUUUUCGGCAUGCCCCGCGCCCGCAAGGGGAACGCGCCUCGCAAGGGCAGCCAGCGCCGCGGAGGGGGUGCCCGGAGCAGUGCCCAAGCUGACUCAGGUUCCAGUGAGGAUGAGGCAGCCAGCGAGGCCCGCAGCACCACCAGUGAAUGCCCCAGCCUUCUCAGUGUCACAGCAGAGGACUGCCUUGGGGGCGAUGCUGUGGAUGAGCAGGCUCAGCAGGAAGAUCUCGAGGAUAAGCUGAAGGAGUAUGUGGACUGCCUUACAGACAAGAGUGCCAAGACCCGGCAAGGUGCCCUGGAGAACCUGCGCCUGGCCCUGGCAUCCCACCUACUUCCUGACUUCUUGCUGGAGCGCCGCCUCACACUGGCUGAUGCCCUGGAAAAGUGCCUCAGGAAAGGGAAAGGUGAGGAGCAGGCCCUGGCUGCUGCUGUGCUGGGUCUCUUUUGUGUGCAGCUGGGCCCUGGGCCCAAGGGUGAGGAGCUGUUCCACAGCCUACAGCCCCUGCUGGUCUCCGUGCUCAACGACGGCACAGCUAGCCCUGCUGCGCGGCUCCACUGUGCUUCUGCUCUCAGCUUGGGCUGUUAUGUGGCUGCUGCCGAUGUCCAGGACCUGGUCUCUUGCCUUACUUGCUUGGAAGGUGUUUUUAGCCGGGCUUGCAGUGUGGGUGGCUCCACAGCCCCUGUGGCCCCUGCCAGCUUUCACGGCCUGCUGUGUGCUGCCCUGCAGGCCUGGGCAUUGCUGCUCACCAUCUGCCCCAGCACCCACAUCAGCCACAUCCUUGACAGGCAGCUGCCCCGGCUGCCCCAGCUCUUGACCAGCGAGAGUGUGAACCUGCGGAUCGCUGCUGGCGAGACCAUCGCGUUGCUCUUUGAGCUCGCCCGGGACCUUGAGGAAGACUUUAUUUAUGAGGAGAUGGAGGCCCUCUGUAGUGCCCUGCGCACCCUGGCCACUGACAGCAACAAGUACCGGGCCAAGGCUGACCGCCGGCGCCAGCGCUCAACUUUCCGCGCUGUGCUGCACUUUGUCGAGGGCGGCGAGUGUGAGGAAGAGACAGUCCGCUUCGGGCUCGAGGUGCUCUAUGUGGACAGCUGGGCCCGGCGCCGUGUCUACACCGCCUUCAAGGAUGUGCUGGGUUCUGGCAUGCACCACCACCUCCAGAACAAUGAGCUACUCCGUGACAUCUUUGGUCUGGGCCCUGUACUGGUGCUGGAUGCUGCUGCUCUAAAAGCCUACAAGAUUUCACGCUUUGAGAAGCACCUGUACAACGCUGCCGCCUUCAAAGCCCGGACCAAGGCACGCAGCCGCGUGCGGGACAAGCGGGCAGACAUUCUGUGAAGCAGGACCAGCUGGAGAGGAGACUGUCCACACCCUUGCCCGUGUUUUUUUAACAGAAGACAGUGCAAUGACUGGUUUCCGCCAGUAAUUGUCGCUUUAUUUUUUUAAUGACAAGACCAAAAACAGACAUGAGGGUGGGGGAGCUGGCAGCCACGCUGCUUGGGACCCUGGCCCUUUGCCCCUGUACUCAGCCCUGUCGCCUCUUCCUGCCCUGUCUCAGGCCUGGCCAGACAUGUGCCCGUCCCAGGCUGUAGGAUAGGCAUUGAGGUGCUGGGGGACUGUUCCUUCCUCGUUCUUCUCAGGCCUUAAUCCACCUGUUGGGGGGUGGGGGGGAACAGCAGGGCAUCUGGACAGCCACCACAGCAGAUGGGCAGGUGAGGCUACCUGGAAUGGAUUUCUGUGCUGAUUUUUUAAGAUUAUUAGAGACAAUUAAACAGAAUGCUCAGUCUUCUGUGGUCCUGGCCUCUGGGUGUUUCUGCCUGUCCCUUCCCCUCCACCAUCCUAUGCUUGG